AGAGAAAGCCCCACUGGCUGGAGGGAAGAUCAUUCAGAGAACAGGAAAGGGGGCUGGCCAGCUCAAGCCAGGCCCACAGGUUGGGACAAAGUCCUAGGGCGAGGUCCUCCUCACGGAAAACCAUGAGUGCCAGGCUGAGCUGUUUGUGUUUUAUACUUAAGCCUUUGAACAGAGACAAAGCAACAUCUGAAUAAAACUAGGAAAGUGGGGCGCUAUUAAAAAGCCCGCACAAGGAGCUCUGGGGCCAAAUGUGAGACCUGGAAGCACGGGCCUGAUACGAGAAAUACUUAGAAUGUUGUACCAUGUCUUUCUUCUGUUCUUCUGAUCCACAUGGCUCUCCUUCCCAUCACUCUCCCGUUCUCAUCUGUCCUCCAAGUGCUUCUCUUUCUGCACUGCUAUGGGCUUUCUGCUGACCUCCACUGUCACCAGCUGCUCCUAUCACCUUCCCAGGUACCCAGUCACAGCUGCAGCCCUGCCUUUGGACCAGGUAGUGUGGAUGGAAGGGAGCAUUUUCUGGGGACCAAUAUGACUGCGCCCCCAGAGGAAAAGACAGCUCCCACCCAGCCUCAGCCACCCAACCCAAGGCUGGGGUGGGGUAUGACUUUCUGCUUCUCAAAGCCGAAGGACAAGGAGGCGUGCACUUCCAUAUCUGGCGUGCCUCCCGUCUUCCACUUCUGUCCCCAGCACCAUACACAGCUCAAGAGCAGGUACCUGAAAAAGGCUGCAGCAAACCUGUCCUUCUCUGCAGAGGUGAUGUGGCAGCGAGGGCUUCCCAGCAUGCCUUACAGCCAGUACAGCUUUGACCACCUCUACAACACAGAUGACAUUGUCCAGCCUGCCCACAUCAAGAAGGCCCAAUCUGAGAAACCUGUCCGCUUCCGGCUCCUCCAGCCCUCCAGAGCCUUGAUGGGAGACACCUCCCAGGCUGGGAAGACAGAAAGCUGUGCCCAUUUUGAAAAGAAGCAAAAGAAACCCCAUUCAGAAAGUGUGGUCCAGAAAUCACCUCACUGUCUCAUGCCUUCUCCCCACAAGGACCCAGAUGCUCUGGAAUUGUCACUUUCUCCAGAUGUGGAAAGGGAAGUCUGGCUUCCGCCUGCUGAGAGAGAGGCCAGAGCCUGGGAGGCCAUUGUGCUGGAAAAGCUGAACAAGCGCACAGCCCGAUGGAUCCAGAACAAGUGUCCUGGGAGGCCCGGAGCGUCUCCCAACAAGUGGCAGAGCUUCUUGCACCAGCAGUACGACUGGAGCCACAUCCGGGAUGAACUCACCUCAGCCAGUGACCUGGAGCUCCUGAACCAGCUGGAAGCAGAAGAGACAGCCGAGUUUGAGGGGCGAGAUGUCACCCUGCUUCCCCAGGAAGAAAAGCAGCCAGAGCUGCUGCUUCCUGUUUACUACAGACUGCCCAGCUACUCUCCAGAAGUGCAGACGGUUGAAAGCUUGCCCAGCAGGAACGCAACAGCUGAGGAUAUCAAGGAAAAGAGAAAAACCUUCCAGCCCCCAAAGCAGAGCUGCUUCCGUCAGGUGACUCCCCAAGCUGGAAAGUUUGCUUACUCCACAGACAACACGUUUGAACAGGAGAUUUACUUCGAUGGAGUCCGGAUCAUCCACCACAUUGGUGGGAAAAGAGACCAGAUUUUCCUGGAAAACCUCAAUCAAUAUGACAAGCAGCUACGCAAGAUCUUCCCUGAAACUCCGGAAAAGUGGAGUUUCCAGCCUGUUCCUGAAGCAUCUUGUAGGCCGGUGAAAGGAGCCCCACGCUGGACUGCUCUGCCCACGCCAGCCCGGGAUCUGCUGCUGCAGCACAUGGGUGAGGAGGAUGUUUCCACCAAGACCAGGAAAUCCAAGAAGCGGGCGAAAUCACUGGUGGAGGAUGUGGCCUGGGAACUGGUGGUCCUGCGGAGGAUGCUUCGGGAGUGGAAGACCGCCUGGGGUCUGAACACAGUCAUCGAGUGGCACCAUGAGACAGUGGAGAGCCUGACGCGGGGGAUAGAAGAUAGGUGUGCCCACAUUCGGAUCCAGGCUGCCAUCACGUGUGCCACGGCUGCUCUGGAACGGCCCCGGACUGCCACCAGCCCAAGGGACUCAGACCAGGGGGCUAUGAAAGCCCCGUUAAUAAAGGACUUGCCAGAGGCUCUGCAGCCUUCCCUGGAGGCUGCUCUUUGUGACAAGAACGUCAAUGUGAGGAUGGCAGCAGCACUGUGCCAGUAUGCCACACAGUCGCAUAACCCCCUUGCCCAGGACAUCAUGGAGACAGCUCUAGUGAAGGGUAACAGUGCAGACAGCUGGGCUGCAGCUCAGUGCUUGGCUGUUGAAGGUAAUGCCACUUACCCAGUGAUUAAGAGGAUCCUCCACCAGCUGUUUAACAAGAAGACUGAGGACACUGAGGACCAGUCUUGUAUCCUCCUGCGUCAUCUCAGUGGAAAGACAACCCUGAUACAUACCAUGCUUGCUGUGGAGCUGAACAGCCAUCAGUGGAAGGACCGGGCAAUGGCCUGCCGGGUCUUUGCCAGGAUCACUGGAAACGUCUGUUUAGACAUGAAACACAAGCUGAUCCAGCUGAUGUGGGAUGACUGGAAUAAGGAAGUGAGGCAAGCGGCUGCCCGCGCACUGGGGCAAAUGAGCCUUGGGAAAGAGGUACAUGAUGCGAUUAGGGUUAAACUGGUUGAAGGAAAUGCCCAGGAGCGUGUGAAAGCACUCUCCCUGAUAGGUGGGCUCAAGCUCAUGACUGUCAAGCUCCUUCCAGGCUUCCUGCACUGCUUCUCUGAUGAAUUCGUGGCAGUUCGGCAGGCAGCGUGUUCGGCAGCAGGUGCCCUGCAGAUCCGCAACAAGAUGGUGCUUGAAUGCCUCCUGAAUCUGAUGCAGACAGAUCCUUUUUGGAAAACCAAAGCUUUUGCCAUUCGAGCUGUGGGGCAGAUUGGGGAAGUAAAUCCCCAGGUGGCUGAUCUCCUGCUCUGGGCCGUCCACUAUGAGGAAUCGCCAGGUGUACGACUGGAAGCAUGCCGUAGCAUCCUGGCCCUCAAACUUCAAGGGGACAGAGUCAGGAACACCUUCCUAGAUGUGCUGCUUCUGGAGAGUCAUGAAGCUGUUCUCAAGGAAAUUUACCAGGCAAUGAAGAUGCUCAGCUUAGGAAAUGAAGAAUAUGAAGAAAUGGUCCAGGAGGUCAAGAACAGGAUUGAAACUCUAAACCAAAAGGACUUGCUGACGCAGAAAAUAUUCAAGAUGGAGAGAGUCAUAGGAAAAGUGAAAGAAGCAGCAAAACGUGUUUACUCACAACCCAAAAAAGGGCAAAAACAAUUGAAACUCCAUACUUUCCUCCAAGAAACUUUUCAGGAUGAGGUGGUUCUUCCCAGAAGACCGUCUGAGGUUUGUGACAUUGAAGCAGUCAUAAAGCCUGUGAAGCCACGCACACCAAAUCCCUGGUCACAAAGUCCAGUCCUAGAUCUAAAGGCACAAAACAGACGUCACUUGUCAUUUGUCAAAGAUCUACGCACUGCCCGGGAAAAAAGGAUUGCUAUGGGGCCGUUUGAAUCUCACACCUCAGGUCUUUAAGUGAGAUAAUAUUCGGAAGAUUUUUUUUUUUUCCAACACGGCUUCUCUCUCUGAAAGGAAAGGUACUUCAUCAGGCUGAAUCCUGCUCUUGCUCCAAGA